UUAAUAUGUGUUGUUUCUGCUGUCUCUCAUUCGUGGUAGCUUAUUUUCUUGACUGUUCUUUCAUUUUUUUUUUUUUUAAUUGUGAGCCCAAAUUUGUUGUGCUGUCUGUGAGAGUUGCCUGAGGUCUGACCUGAGGACAAGUUUUCUAGGAAACAUUUGCAUUUGCUUCUUCUAGGCACCUGGGGGCAUCCAAAAUUACAUUCUAUGAAGUUCUUUGGGGGAGGCUCAAUCCACAUUGUGACGUGUGCACCUACCUCCCUUUUGAGUGUACUACGUGCAAGUGAAAUCUCGUGUCAUUGUCCACAGAGGAGAAAAUGGAGAUGUGGCCAAGUAGAUCCCAGUCUGGAUCCCAGAUUGAAAGGGACUUAGAAAAUUUCAAGGAAGUUAAUUCCAAGUGUGGGGACCUGAAGGGGCCGGGCUGGGGCAGAGGCCUCCCAUGCCCUAGUGUAAGGGCAGGUACCACUACCAAGAAAUGUUUCUUUCAAAAAUGCUGGCCCCGGCCAUGUGCCCUCCUGCAGCCUCUGGGGCCCUGCAGCUGUGGUGGCAGCAUGCUGCACACGGAAGGAGACAAAGCUUGUUUUGAAUUCCCGAGUGAUGAAAUUAAGGAGGAAAAGAAAAUCCAGAAGCAUAAGUCCCUCCCCAAGAUGUCUGGCGUUUGGGAGCUGGAAGUCAAUGGGACAGAAGCUAAAUUAGUACAGAAGGUUGCCAGGGCAAAGAUCACUGUCACUUUCAACAUUAACAACAGCAUCCCACCAACAUUUGAUAAUGAUAAGGAGCCCUCACAAGGGCAGAAGGUUGAAGAACAGGAGACUGAACUGACAUCAACUCUUAAUUUUGUGGUUGAAGUUAUUAAUAUAAAGAAUGAUGGCAAGAAGUCCCUUGUACUAGAUGGUCUUUAUCCAGAGGAUGAGGUUGGACAAGAAGAGGAGGCUGAGGGUGACAUUUUCACUAUCAGGAAAGUUAGCUUUCAGUCUCCCAGUGAGUCUGAAUGGAAGGACACUAAUCACACACUUGAAACCACCCUUUAUAAAAUUGAUAAAAGGUCGCAAGGUGGUAACUAUGGUAGGGGCCUGAACUCUGCAAAGGUAUAGGCAUAGUUAAAAAAAUAACCAGCCAUUGUUCCCUAGCUUGCUUUCCUACAAUUGUUUAGAGUCACAUAUCCCUGAUAGCCAUGGGAUUGGUAAAUUCUCUAAUUGCUUCUAUAUAUAACAUCACUAUUGUCAAAUCUA